CCCCCUAUUUCUGUUGAAUGUGGUGAAGUCAUAUAUUUCAGACAGGGCUGGUUGCUCUAUUGAUGUUGGCAGUGUGUUAUAGUAUCAUCUUUAGUUUGUUUUAAGAGUAGAAGAAGAGUGAGGAUACAGCAACGCAAGCCCAGACUCACCUGUAUUCACCUGAAAGCAACACAACAAAGUUCAGCAUGGCAAACAAAGGUCCUUCUUAUGGCCUCAGUCGUGAGGUGCAGAAUAAGAUUGAUAAGAAAUAUGACCCAGAGCUGGAAGAAAGGCUGGUGGAGUGGAUCAUGAUCCAGUGUGACUCUAAAGUCUGCCGUCCUGAACCCGGCAAAUGCGGCUUCCAAAACUGGCUGAAGGAUGGAUGUGUGCUGAGCGAGUUCAUCAACAGCCUCUAUGCUUCAAAUAAGCCCUUCAAAUCCAUCAGGAGCUCCGCCAUGGCGUUUAAGCAGAUGGAACAAAUAUCGUUGUUCCUACAAGCUGCAGAAAAGUAUGGAGUCACCAAAACGGACAUGUUUCAGACCGUAGACCUGUACGAAGGUAAAGACCUGGCAGCUGUGCAGAGGACCUUGAUGGCCCUGGGUAACCUGGCAGUCACAAAGAAUGAUGGGACUUACAAGGGAGACCCCGACUGGUUCCAUAAGAAAGCUCAGGAGAACAGAAGAGAAUUCACAGAGGAGCAGCUGAGCGAAGGCAAAAAUGUCAUUGGCCUGCAAAUGGGCACAAACAAAGGAGCAACUCAAGCUGGAAUGACAGGAUACGGACGACCACGGCAGAUCAUCAACAACCCCUGAACCCUCUUCCUCCUAUGAGACAAUCCUUCUUCUACCCCCACAAGGAGAAUUGCCUCCUGACUGUUUCCUUGACUAAACUGGACCAAAACAGGGACCAACAAAUGUGCACAUAAACAACACACACACAAACACACACACACACACACACCCACACACAAACAAAUAUAGAUACCAGUGACAUUUAGACAAUAGGCAGAGUAUUUUCAUAGUAAAUUGUAAAUGUUGUUUCUUAAAGAAUCAUUCCAGUUGUUUUUGCAGUUUGUAAGACUUUUAGAUUGUUUUUGUUUCACCCUCCACACAGUUUCAGUUCAUUUCAGUUCAUUGUGAAAAAUAAACUUGCAGAGACUUGUAACUCCCUCAAGAGGAGCGAUCAAUCAAUUUCAUUAUUUGGUUACCUUUUGGUCUGAAGUUAAAUGUAUUUGCAGCAUGUCAUGCAUUCAAAACUCUGAUCUCUUACUGGCGCCUUUUCAGACACUUAUAUGUCUGACAUUUGAAAACUCUGAAUGGAUGAAACAAACAAAUCUAUAAUUUAUCUCAGGCAGCGUUCUUUAUAUUUGCAUGUUUUUCUUACACCACAACUAUCAACUGCCUAUGACAUCAGGGCGUCCUUCAAUUUAUCACCAAGGAGCCUCAGUGCACAUGCACUUUGACAAUUAAAAUAAAUUUUAAUUUGUUAAAUGCAUAUAUGUUUCAAGUCUUAAUUGAUGUCCACUGGAAUGAAUUGAAAAGGACAGAACCCAUAAUCUUUUACACAAAAUUUGAACUUAACUAUCAACUAAAGCCAAAAGUGUUAGUAAUUUUGGAAAGUAAAGGCUUACUGUACAUGGUAAGAUUGCAUAAAAGUCGUCGACUGAUAUGUUUACGCUGUACAACCAAAGCUCACCAUUUAUGUGCUUGCACUGUCGUAACAGAGUGUUGGGCACGGCCUAAGGGCUCUGCUUUUAUUGUGCAAGCGUAUGCUGUCAAAUGACCACAAUUUCAAACAUACCAGGCAUUCAUCCAUUGGGUUGAGAGCAGCAGAUCAGGCCAUGAAUCACAGUCUUAUGGCACCCUGUACACUGUUAAACUAACAACAUGGGAUCAGGCUGACAUUCUGCCUAUCUAGAGAAUCAGUCAUGUGACUCAAAUAUUGGGUCUGAGGCUGGCUAUUAAUAUGAUUAACAUAUCUUAAACAAUUCUGUAAAUAUGCAAGACAAUCUGGCUGCAGAUCUCAGACUCCCCUCCUUGCAGACACUUCAGUGAGAACCACGCUAAAACAUUCAAUAUAAUAUUGGAGUAAACUUCCGGUUAGAGUUCGGGUUGGAGUAAGGGUCAAAGUAAGAGUUAGGCUAUCGAAAGAUAAAACCUGCAAAACCUGAUUACAAAACAUUUCAUAAGACUGGAUAAACAUAAUGCAUAAAGGAAAGAAAGCUAAAGCUUCAUGAAAACACUCUAAUGUAGCUAACGUAGCAAAGGCUAAGCUAACGAAGCUACAUCCACUUCAUAAGCUUCAUAGGUAACAUAGUUCUACAUAGCAAAAUCCGAAGCUAACAAAGCUACGUUAGCAUCAUAAUUUACACAGCUAACAUAGCUCUACAUAGCUAAACCUUACGCUAACAAAGCUAUGUUCGCUUCAUAAACUACAAAGCGAAUGUAGCUACAUAACUAACUUAGCUAGAGCAAAAGCAAACAAAGCUAGAUUACGCCAUGUUCAGUGUUGGGGGUAAUGCAUUACAAAGUAAACUGUUAGAGUACUCAGAUUACUUUUUUUGUUGUAAAGAGUAACACAACCUGCUGGUUUUACAUUUUAAGUAAUCCGUUAUUAGUUACCAUUACUGCAAGAAAAAUCCCAAAUUUCCAGUUUCUACUGUGGCCACAUAAAAAGAGACAGAGAAAAAAGAGAAGCUCCACAAAGCUUCGGCACUGUUUUUCUUCUUUCUUUUCUGUAUGCACGUUGGCGUACCAGCAGAAGAACAUUGCUGUAUCAGUAUGUUUACGUUGCUAGCAUACUGAGCUAGUGAACUGGCAGAGACGACAGCAUAAUACUGCAUAAUUAUCUUUUAUGUUGGAUUUUGGAUGAAAGGCAAAAGAACAGCAUCAUAGGGAAAACAUAAGUUUGAAAGCUCCUGUUGUAUUGUUUUUAUUGAAUCAGCUGUGCAGCCAUUCCAAUUACACAUGGUUAUUUUACAGUGUUUGUGUGAUUCUGUAUGGCUCUGCUGAGUUGUCUAAAUUGUGAGCAUAUUAAAGAGCUGUAAAGAUUC